UAAUAGCAUUGAAAAAAUAUUUGAAAAAGCGGAUAUACAAAGUGAUAGGGCAUGUCCCAUUGGAGCCGACCCUUAACUGUUUGACCAAUUGACCCUUCCACAUUGGAUAAGAGACAAAACAAAAAUAAAAAAAUCACCGGUGUUGCACGCGAGAAAUCCACGCAAUCUCCUAAAAUAAAAAUUAAAAAAACAAAAAUGCCAGCUUAAAACUUAUAAGCAGUGACAUCUACCUUUUCUUUCAGUUGCUUCUUCCAAGCUUCCUCCCGGCCGCAAGUGUGUCAAUUGGGCUGCCUCCCUUAUCUUUAGUUUGUUGCUAUAAAUACUCUUUAUUCUUCUGGUUCUUUUCAUUUGACUAACUCUCUUCUUUCUACCACAUACCACCCACUUCUCUCUUAUAUAUUAAUUGUAUCUGGACCUCUUCUUUCUUCCCUUCUUACAACUUUUAUUUCAUUCAAGCUUCGUUGAUUGUUUGGUUUAUCAAGAAAACGAAGUUAUGGAGUAUUCGUCAUCAACAUGGUUCAGCACCCCUUCUUUGGAUCUCACUAAUGCUAAUACCCUUCGCCUUUUCGACGAUGCCCCCGUUAGAGAUCAUCCCAACAUCGUCAAGCCUGCCUCGUCUCCUCCUCCUCCUCCUACCACUACCUCCAAUCAAUUUACUACCAAUCUUUGGCCCAAGCAAGAGCAAACAGAAGAAUUAGUAGAGGAAUUGAAUAGGGUGAAUGCAGAGAACAAGAGGCUAUCAGAAAUGCUAACAGUCGUGUGUGAAAACUACAAUGAUUUGAAGAGGCAGUUGGUUGAUUACAUGAGCAAGACUUCCAAUUCAAGUAACGAUAUCAACAACAAUAAUGUCAACAAGAAAAGGAAACUAGACAGCACCAAUAUUGUUAAAAAUACUAACAACAACAACAAUAUCGUUGAGAGCAGCUCUAGUGACGAAGAAGAUUCCUACGAAAAGCCCAAAGAAGAAACUAUUAAGGCUAAGAUCACAAGGGUCGCUGUUCGAACCGAAGCUUCUGAUUCAACCCUUAUCCUUAAGGACGGCUAUCAAUGGAGAAAGUAUGGACAAAAAGUGACUAGAGAUAACCCUUGUCCUAGAGCUUACUUCAAGUGCUCAUUUGCUCCUACUUGUCCCGUUAAGAAGAAGGUUCAAAGAAGUCUUGAAGACCAGUCAAUGCUAGUGGCAACCUAUGAAGGAGAACACAACCAUCCAGCCCCAGCACAACAAGAGGGUGCUGCACCAUCGGCCUCCAGCCGGUCCAUCGCCCUUGGCUCUGUCCCAUGCAAUGCCUCAUCAGUUCCCACCGUCACUCUUGACCUAGCCAAGUCCAAGUCCAACGCUAACGAAACGACAACUGCCACCACCAACAGCAGCAACAACAACAACAGCAACAAGGUGUUGAAUAGCACACCGUUGUCUAAUAACCAGCUGCCCAAGUUUAGUUCACCAGAAUUCCAAAAACUAUUGGCUGAGCAAAUGGCCUCUUCCUUGACUAAAGAUCCAAACUUCACAGCAGCCCUUGCAGCUGCUAUUACCGGCCGAUUCGUCCAGCAAACUUCAAGUGAUUAAGACUUUAAUUACAUAUAUACAUAAAUGUAUUUAAUCAUUUUUUAGGGGAGAAAAAUUCGAUUAUUAGGAGUUGCGUUUGUUAGGAAAGAAUUUGCACGUACAAUUUCAAGUUCAUCAGAAAUGCCUUUGAAGGCCGGUGUAGGAAAUUUGUUUAGGCAAUUGUACAGAUUGAUCACACUUAUUAUUAUUAUUCCAGUGUUGAAUUUCAGAAUAUUAAUUUUAGUUAUCAUAAAUAUUUUUUUGAA